UUGUGAUGUUACGGUAAAUAUUCUUAUGAAAUGCUUCCUGUCUGGAAUGCCUGAUUUGAAGUUGGGUUUGAAUGAUAAAAUUGGUCUUGAGAAAGAGUCACAGCUGAAGUCCCGUCCUACUAAAAGUGGUAAAACAAUUGAGCUUGAUGAUGUUACUUUCCAUCAAUGUGUGAACUUGACGAGGUUUAAUUCGGAGAAGACUGUGAGUUUUGUGCCACCGGAUGGUGAAUUUGAAUUGAUGAAGUAUCGUAUAACUGAGGGUGUUAAUCUUCCAUCCCGUGUCCUGCCAACAAUUAAGGAGUUUGGUCGAACACGCGAGGAAGUAAAUGUUAAGGUAAAGAGUGCUUUUGGUGCAAAAAUGUUUGCACUUGGGGUUGUUAUCAAAAUUCCUGUACCAAAGCAGACAGCAAAGACAAGUUUCCAAGUGACAUCAGGUCGAGCAAAGUACAAUCUUGCAAUUGAUUGCUUGGUUUGGAAGAUAAGAAAAUUUCCUGGCCAAACUGACCCAACCAUGAGCGCAGAGAUUGAGUUGAUUCCCACGAUGGCAGAAAAGAAGUCUUUGACAAGGCCACCAAUUCAGAUGGAAUUCCAGGUUCCCAUGUUCACCGCUUCUGGUUUACGUGUUCGAUUUUUAAAGGUAUGGGAGAAGAGUGGCUACAAUACUGUUGAGUGGGUCCGUUAUAUUACUAAAGCUGGUUCAUAUGAGAUUAGAUGCUAGCAACAUGCAUGGGAUCGCUGCAGCAGUGAGAUUCUACUUGACCUAAGCAGAGAUGGGAAUGUUUUGCUAGUUAUGUUAUAUCAUAGAUUUGCCUUGUGAGAAGGUGAAUUGCCCUAUAGCAUCCCUCUCGAAUGAUACAGAUCGGUUUCGCUUUCUUGUAUAGUUGGGCAUAGUUAAUUACUCACAGUAGAGUUGUUCUGUCAAUAUUAUUUAUUGUGAUUGAUUAUC